GCAGCUCCAAAACAAAGGGCAGGCGGCCCGCGGGGCGGCGGCGGUAGGAUGCCUCGCGCCCUGCCGAGGCGCCAACGGCCGCAGCGCGUCGCGGGCCGCGCUGGGGCCGCCUGAGAGCCGAGCCCGCGCCGACCGGGGCCCGGGCCGGAUGGGCGCUGCGGGCUGGGGCGCGGACCGCCGAGCGGCCGUUGUGACAUUUUUUUCUCGUCCCAGCUGUGUGGACAGUGCCACACGCCCUCUGAACAACGACGGCUCUUGCCUGCGUGUUCCCGUGUUUUUUUUGUCAGAGAGCCCAGCAGAGCUGCCGUGCUUCCAGUGCCAGCCCUGAGCUGAGCGAGGGGUGCCCGGCAGAGAUGGUGAAGAUGACAAAAGCCAAAACUUUCCAAGCUUAUCUGCCGAACUGUCACCGAACGUACAGCUGUGUCCACUGCAGAGCCCACCUGGCCAACCACGACGAGCUGAUCUCCAAGUCCUUUCAGGGGAGCCAGGGCCGAGCCUACCUCUUCAAUUCCGUGGUGAACGUGGGCUGUGGCCCUGCGGAGGAGAGGGUCCUCCUCACUGGCUUGCAUGCUGUCGCUGACAUCUACUGUGAGAACUGCAAAACCACGCUCGGGUGGAAAUAUGAACAUGCCUUUGAGAGCAGUCAGAAAUAUAAGGAAGGAAAAUUUAUUAUUGAGCUUGCCCACAUGAUCAAAGACAACGGCUGGGAGUGAAGCGCAGGCUGCCGUCCUCUGAGUGCUGUUGGAGAGGCGGCAGCACCGUGGGAGCGCAGGAGCGCCCGGUGACAGGGCCUCUUGAACUUGCCACUCGCAGGCCGGCCUCUCCCGGCCGUGCCCGCGGGGAAGGCGCCCCUUCAGUCCACGUCCCGUUUGUGUACACGGUUGUUUCUGGAAAUUUUCUGUCACCUUUUCUAACUGGUCAAGCUCUAGAGGAAGAAUUAACCAGUGGAUGACUUCUGUCUAGUUAAUGCCUUCUUCUAACCUUCGCCUUUCAGAUAGAGUUUGGCUGUGCUCUUUCCUGUUUGAUAGAAAACCGAACCGAGUCUCUGCAGACCCCGGGGACCGGGUCUCCUUGGAGAGCAAGGCCACCCCUCUUCUUUAGAGGCGAGGUUCCUCAGCCCACUUUUUCUCUAAUUUUCAAAGCUGCCAACUGGUUAUUCCUCUUGCAGAUGAGCUGUUAAGGCAUAGUGCUCAUUUAGGAAUCUUCCAGAAGCAGUCAAGAAAUCUAUACACCCAGGGUGUUUUUUUAGCCUUGUUCAAAAACAGAGAACACCAACAUUUUAGAUAAGCUAUAAAUAGGGAAAUGGCUAAUGGAACAUCUUGUGUAUUUAAGCCAACAGCUUCCUUAUCUAGGAAGCGAGCGAACUAGUGGUGAGCAGACUGUUGUGGGCGGCGGCGCCUGGGCGCAGGGCUGCAGGGCCUCCGCGUCGCCAGUCACUGAGCGCUGGCCUCGCCUUAUCCUUUAAUGCACUGGACUGAGUAAAAUCGGGUUUCCUUUUCUACUCUGAUGUACUUGAAGAAAAAGAAUUAUUUUUGCAUAUGAAAGAGGCCAGAACUAACAGGAUAAACUCCCAAACGUGAGAUUUGCUAGAUUGUUUUAAAAUGUUUUCAGAAGAGCUUACAGUUGCAAGACAGGUUUAAAAUUUAUAAAAUGGAGAUGUUUGGUUUGCUCGAAGGGUCCCGCGCCCGCCGCACUCUGUCCCGGGACCACUUUCCCGAGUCCUGUGUCUUCACCUUUGGCGUGAGCCCCGACCUCCCCGGCCCCUGCAGAGUGGGCGCUGCUCAGGCACCUUGACCAACCUGCAGAGAACAGAGUGGGGCUUCCUGCGUCCUGACCUGACCGCAGCUGGUGGGCCCGGCCUGGCGCUCCAGGCGUCUGGGACGGCGUGACUCCCGGGACCCAGUGCCGAGGGUAGGGAGGCCCAGGGUUGGCAGAGUGAGGAGAGCAGCGCAGGCAGACGUUUCUCAGCUGACAGGAUGGCUCCGAACCCUCCUCCAGACGAGGCUAGACCAGUGGCAAGGAGCUUGAGCGGGCUGGGGACAGUGAGGGUGGCCUUCCAGCCCUGGGAGGCCCCUUCCCUGCCUCCAGCCCGCCAGAGCCUGGAGCCCUGGCCGUGCAGGCCCUGAGGUCCCCUCGCUGGCUCUGGUUUAGCUGCCCACUGGGAGCUUCUCUUUUGGCCCCGUCUCUGCCUACAACUCAAAGCCUCGGGAUGUGGGAAAUGCUGCUGCCCUGCCCCGGGCGAGGGGACAUCAGUGCAAGUUUGUGCCGGGAGGAGCCCGACACACAGCUCCGAGUGUGAGGGAAGGUCUUGGCACAGCAGUGUUGGCACAGCUGUGUCAGCCCCACUCACAGGCAUGCCCGCAGGCUGCUGCUGCCCUGGGCUGGUGGCUGCAGAUUUAGGUUGUCCUGACACACCCGCGUGUCACUGAGUCAGUGCUCAGCUGUGCAGCCUCCAGGCUUCCAGGGCGCAGUCACUACACAGGGCCUCUCGCUGCCACAGUCAGAAACCCAAGACGUGCAAGCCAGCACCUGGAGCAGCGAACGUCCGCGGCGCCAGGCCCUUGUGGAAACUUGGAAGGGCCUGAGACCCCGUCCUCGAGGAGUGAGCACGAGUCAGUGACCACUUGGCCCACACCGACCUUUCCCUCCUUGUCUUGGCUCCUGCGGCCUCAGCGCUGGCCGGCUGCGAGGGGCGCUUCUCCGAGGCCCCCCUCAAGCCGAGUCUGACACCGCCCCGCUGAGAGCUCCGCCGAGGUCUGGGCAGGCGGACUGCUCCUUUGAUUUGAGCACUUUGGUUUUUGUAUUGUCUUUUGUGAUGACAUUGAAACAUUUUUACUAGUGGUCUUAUGACUUUUGUAUUUUUUUUUGUAAUUGAUACCAACAAAAACUCUUACCACUUUUUUUUUGUUGGUCCUCUGCAAAAUCCAAACUCCCUUUGAAACCAAAUGAACUGACUGUGAGCCGGCUUCAAGGAAGGAUGUUCAUGCGACCACAACCAGAUGCACUGGUACGGUGCUGGAAUGUUCCACCCUCUUAAAUUCCUAAACAGUAAAAUAUGAUCCCGUGACUUUUAUUUAAAUUAUUUAAAAUAUUUUUUCCUUGAGAAGAGUGGGAGUUGAUGCCAGGACUAUAAAUGUAUUUAACUUAAACCAUGUAGUGUCCUCUGGCAAAGUACAUUUGCUUUAGAAAUGUGGUCUAGAUUUGUUGCCAUUUUAUAUAUACACAUAUAUAUAGUAUUUUUAUACCUUAACGCUUAUUCUUGAUGGCAUCUGUCAGAUAUUAGGAGGGGUCAGAAAUGGGAAUUUCUUUCAAAAGUCCUUUAAUUUGCCUGGUGACCUCACCAGGUACCUAUAAAAUCCAAGUGUUUUACUAUCUAGGAAACUACUUUAAGCUCCAAAAUGACCUACAGAAAUGCAAACGCUCAGUUGUCCAAGGCCCUGGGCCUGCAGCCCCGGGGGCCGGGCCUUCCGUGUGCCGGCCCGCUGGGGGAGGCUGCACAAAUGGACGGGCAGCAGCCCGGGGCCAGCCCAGAGGGUUGUGCCUUGGAGCAGGACAACUGGGCUCCCGUGCCCGCGCCGCCACCACCUCCCACGUGCAGCCCUCAGUCCUCUGUGUCUGUGAGGUUCAGAAAUAAAGGUUCCGAGGUCAGA